AGUGUGUCACUAGAGCCGACCGACGCGAGAGGUGGCCUGCAAGGACUGUAGCGCGCCGCCAACCUUUUUUUCUGUGCGUGCGAUGUUUUCACUUUCGUCAUUUUGACCGGGCCAGUUUCAUUUAACGUCGCUCGCGCACAGACGUGCCUAGGAUCGGACGUUGUGAUUAUCCUGUGAUCGCUGGUGCUUCGGAUUGUUUGUUUUUGUAUUAUAUUUUUGUGCGCAACAUGGCUGUGAUAUAGUGCUAAUAUGUUCGACAGCAAUAUCUUUCUAAAUUUUUACAAUGAGAUUGCUAAUAGAAGUGCACUACAAUUGGCAAGUGCUGGAAUGAUGGGCGAGGGCCUGCUGACGCUCACGUACGGCAAGCACCACGCCUGCAUCUUGAACGAGGUGGGGGCUGCGUGGCGUGGCGCCAGGUACUCUGACCUGGUGUUGGUUUGUGACGACGCCGUGCCUCUGGCUGCCCACCGCAUCGUCAUGGCUGCUGCUAGCCCACUAAUCAGAAAAAUACUUGAUGACACUCCAUCUGUCGAGAACCCAGUCACUAUUCACAUGUCGGGUAUCAGCAGCACACUAAUGAGGCAUCUUCUCGUUUUUCUAUACAGUGGUCAAGCAUAUAUCGAGUCUGGUGAAAUUGAUGAUAUGCAAGAACUUUUUGAGCUUCUAGAAAUAAAAUCAGAUGUGUGGAAAUCUACAAAAGAACGACAACAGGCCGAGGAAAGAAACAGAUCUUGUGAGCGAUUAAAAGCAAAAAGUCUCAAAACAGACAUUAACAGCAACGAAAGCAGUAAACACGACGCCCCUUCAGGGUCGUCACAUUCAGAAAGUGAUAGAGUAACACCUGGUGCAGGAUACAGUAAAGAAAAAGAUCGAGAAUCAGAAGCUAUGAGCAUAAAGAAAGAAAAUAUGUCAACUAGCAGUAAUGAUGAAAGAGACGAUGACGAUCAAGAUGGAGAAAACAAAGAAUGCGGCAGAUUAACGGCACGGCGAAGAAGUUCGUCAAAUCCUGUCAAUUUGUCUGUAACAAGGAAUUCAGAGAACACCGGUAGUGAACACGACGACUCGCAGGAUGUUGAUGUGGAAACAGUCGCAGCAAAGAAUAUUGAGAGGAGAAGAUCAACAUCUUCCAGUCAAGACGAUCAGCCCCGGGAAACUGUAUAUAGAAGACAACUACUCAGUGAUCGACUAGGUCGAACAAUAGAGAGACCUAAAAGGAAAUCACAUUAUCUUGAACCGCCAGAACUAGAUCUUCGAACCGCUGUCAAAUUAGAAGAUUACGCACAUUUAAAACCACCUGAUCAAGAUUUAAUGUCACUUGUUCAAACAUCGCCAGAAAACUAUGUGGUUACACCUCAUCGGAAAAGACGACCCGGCUUCCACAAUUCUCCUUCACAAAAUCCUCCGUUUGUAUCAUAUCCCCCAAGUUACCUAGAAGAAAUAGCACAUUUACGAUAUCAGCACGGUUCAGCAGGAGUAGCAGCAGUAGCAGCAACCGCAAGACUUGGAGCUCUGCAUCCACUUAGUACAUCAGCGCCACCAUACUUACCUGAAAGAAGUGCAACUCCGCCUACAGCCACACAUGAGGAUGCUCUCAAAUAUCGACCUCCCAGUGCGGGUUCAUGGGGGCCAUGGCUGUGCCAACCACAAAUGGGAGGAGAUGAAGCCCCUUCAACAGAACAUGAUCAAGGGUCCAGCAAGCAAGCGCCAGUACGUGAAUAUCGUUGCGAGUACUGUGGCAAACAAUUUGGUAUGUCGUGGAAUCUCAAAACACAUCUCCGAGUUCACACAGGUGAGAAACCAUUUGCCUGUCGACUCUGUGUUGCAAUGUUCAAACAGAAAGCACACUUACUGAAGCACUUGUGCUCAGUCCAUCGUAAUGUAAUAUCUUCCAGCGAAAACGACGGACGUACUAAUACGCCCGGUCGAUUUAAUUGCUGUUUCUGCCAACUCACCUUCGAAGCAUUACCGGAGCUCAUCAGACAUUUGUCGGGGCCCCACAACAGUUUACUACUAAGCAAAAAUCUACACGAAUGACGCUUGCCCACAUGACGCUAUUCAAUGCGUAAAAAUGGACUAUGAAAUUUCUUCUCUCGAUUCGAGAGUUCAAUUGUGAUAUGUGUUUAAGAAGGAUAUUAGGUUAAGGUUUAAUUAUAAGUUAUGUAAUAUCGCAGAGCGAUACUCAAAGUGAGUGAGGCAUUCGCAGCAUUAUACUGUGGAUGUAUUGUUGAUGACUAAUUUAAAAUCACAUGUUUGCCGAAUGGGUCCAAAUUAUUAUAAUUUGUUUAAAAAUUAUAAUCCGGGACCAAUACCUUCCAAGAUAGUAUUUAUUUGAAAGCUGUAUUUCAUUAGGGUAAAUAAUAUUUAAAAGCCACCGACACAUUAAUUCCUUAAGUAUAGAAAAUAGACACGAUUGUCAAUGAAAAGUUGCGAAAGAUGUAGAGCCUAAACUAAGAAUGUCACUUAAACUACCUCCUAAUUUAAAUCAGUAACUUGAUGAAACUUCAGUGACAUCGAUAUGGUUUGUUUGACAUUGACUGUAGAUUUUCUUCAAUGAAACUAUUCGGUCAAUAAUUCUAGUCAGGUACGGAACAAAGAGUUAUAUCAAAUAUAUGUAAUUCGCGUUUCUGUUUUUCAUUUUAUUAAAGCAAUUAUAAACUAUAACGCUACCUAAUUUUCUUCACUGAUUCCUC